AUGUCACCACAAACAGAGACUAAAGCAAGUGUUGGAUUCAAAGCUGGUGUUAAAGAGUACAAAUUAACUUAUUAUACUCCUGAAUACGAAACCAAAGAUACUGAUAUCUUGGCAGCAUUCCGAGUAACUCCUCAACCCGGAGUUCCACCGGAAGAAGCAGGGGCCGCGGUAGCUGCCGAGUCUUCUACUGGUACAUGGACAACUGUAUGGACCGAUGGACUUACCAGUCUUGACCGUUACAAAGGACGAUGCUACCACAUCGAGCCAGUUCCUGGAGAAGAAGAUCAAUUUAUUGCUUAUGUAGCUUACCCUUUAGAUCUUUUUGAAGAAGGUUCUGUUACUAACAUGUUUACUUCCAUCGUAGGUAAUGUAUUUGGGUUCAAAGCCCUGCGCGCCCUACGUCUGGAAGAUUUGCGAAUUCCAAUUGCUUAUGUUAAAACCUUCGAAGGGCCGCCUCACGGUAUUCAGGUCGAGAGAGAUAAAUUGAACAAGUAUGGUCGUCCCCUAUUGGGAUGUACUAUUAAACCUAAAUUAGGUUUAUCUGCUAAAAACUACGGUAGAGCAUGUUAUGAAUGUCUUCGUGGUGGACUUGAUUUUACUAAAGAUGAUGAAAACGUGAACUCUCAACCAUUUAUGCGUUGGAGAGAUCGUUUCUUAUUUUGUGCCGAAGCCAUUUAUAAAUCGCAGGCUGAAACUGGUGAAAUCAAAGGGCAUUACUUGAAUGCUACUGCAGGUAACUGCGAAGAAAUGAUCAAAAGGGCUGUAUUUGCUCGAGAAUUGGGAGUUCCUAUCAUAAUGCAUGAUUACUUAACAGGGGGAUUCACUGCAAAUACUAGCUUAUCUCAUUAUUGCCGAGAUAAUGGAUUACUUCUUCACAUUCACCGUGCAAUGCAUGCAGUUAUUGAUAGGCAGAAGAAUCAUGGUAUGCACUUCCGCGUACUAGCUAAAGCGUUACGUAUGUCUGGCGGAGAUCAUAUUCACUCCGGUACUGUAGUAGGUAAACUUGAAGGUGAAAGAGAUAUCACUUUGGGCUUUGUUGAUUUACUGCGCGAUGAUUAUAUUGAAAAAGAUCGUUCCCGCGGUAUUUAUUUCACUCAAGAUUGGGUCUCUAUGCCGGGUGUUCUGCCUGUGGCUUCAGGAGGUAUUCACGUUUGGCAUAUGCCUGCUUUGACGGAAAUUUUUGGAGAUGAUUCCGUACUACAGUUCGGUGGAGGAACUUUGGGACACCCUUGGGGUAAUGCGCCAGGUGCUGUAGCGAAUCGAGUAGCUCUAGAAGCAUGCGUAAAAGCUAGAAACGAGGGGCGUGAUCUUGCUUCUGAGGGUAAUGAAAUUAUCCGCGAGGCUGCUAAAUGGAGUCCUGAACUAGCGGCUGCUUGCGAAGUAUGGAAAGAGAUUAAAUUUAUUUUCGCAGCGGUGGAUACUUUGGAUAAAUAA